UCUGUAUGGACUGCGCAGGAUGGCACGGAGACCGCAGCUUCUUACUUUAUUUGUGUCGCUCAACUUAUUUUUUAAUUGCAACGGAAUAUCUCCUACGGUCAGUUCAAAGAAGCUGGCAUCCGAAACAUGUGGGCGGCAGGCGAUGACUUCUGGCAACAAGAUCUCAGGACCGACUGGGGGAGUCACCUUCAGAUAUGAAAACUGCACUCUUAAUAGGAGUGGAAUUGGGAAACACGCCAUUGAUGGAGUGAAGAACGUCAGCUUCAGCCAGGGGGCGUGUGAGGAGCAGGUGGCUGUGACUGUCCACUGGACCCCCAGCCCCCUCGGUAUUGAGCACGUCCGGAGCUUCCGGGUGAUCAUCGAGGAAAAGCAGCUGGAAGGGAAGCAAUGCCAGUACCUGAUUUUGAAAGACCCGCGGCAGCUGAACUACACCUUCCGGAGUGCGAAAAUGGAUUCUCAGCCGUUUUUCAAUCUGAAGUUUGAGACAGACUAUAUGGUAAUGAUUGUGCCUUAUCCUUCCUCCAAGAACGAAAGCAACUACCCCCCCUUCUUCUUCAAAACCAAAACUUGUGAAAUGCUGCUGCAGUCUGAUAAUCUCGCCUGCAAACCCUUCUGGAAGCCCAAGAGCCUGAAUAUUUCCCAGCAGGGCCCCAACCUGCAUGUGAGGUUUGACCAGGCGCCGUUAAGCUUUGGUUUCAGCCUGUAUUACCUGCAGUACAAGAUGAGCGCCGGCGGCUCCUACAAGCAGAAGGCUUGCAGACCGGCAUACAGCACUGCCUUCACCACCUGUGUUCUCCCAGAUGUCACUCCAGGGUACUACACAAUUGAGCUUGCUGAUAAUAACAACACCACAAGAAAGAGUGCUCACUACAACGUGAAUCAAGUACACUCCCUUUGGGCCGGGCCUAUCAGGGCAGUGGCUAUCACUGCCCCCCUGGUCAUCUUGUCUGCCUUCGCCACGCUCUUCACUGUCAUGUGUCGCAAGAAACAACAAGAGAAUAUCUACUCCCAGCUGGAUGAGGAGAGCUCAGAGUCCUCUCCUCAGACCUCCGCUCUGCACGUGGAGAGGCCCUGGCCCCGGCCCAAAGUCUUUAUCUGCUACUCCAGCGAGGAUGGCCCCAAGCACAGCACUGUCAUCCAGCACUUUGCAUACUUCCUGCAGGACUUGUGUGGGUGUGAGGUGGCCCUGGACCUGUGGGAACACCUGGAGAUCUGCAAGGAGGGUCAGAUGGAGUGGCUGAGCCGGCAGAUCAGCGAGGCUCACUUCAUCAUCACCGUGUGCUCCAAGGGCAUGAAGUACUGCGUGGAGAAGCGCAGGAACCGCCAGGGGAGCGGGGCGGGGCGCCAGCUCUUUGUGGUGGCCGUGUCUCUGAUCGCAGAGAAGCUGAGGCAGGCGCGGCAGAGCUCCCAGGACCUGGCCCCCUUCCUGGCGGUCUACUUCGACUACUCCCGUGAGAGCGACAUCCCCGCUGUGCUGGACCUGGCCACCAAGUACAAGCUGAUGGAGCAGCUGCCCCAGCUGUACUCCCGGCUGCACUCACAACACCCGAGCCUGCCUGAGCGCGAGCCCCAGCCCUGCAUCAGCAAGAGGAACUACUUCCGCAGCCAGGCCGGCCGCGCGCUCUACCUGGCCAUCUGCAACAUGCACCAGCUCAUAGAGCAGCAGCCCGACUGGUUCGAGAAGCAGCUGAUGCCAGCGCCCCCUCCCGCUCCCCCCGCUUCCGCUCUGCUGCAGGAGCGCUUUGACUCGGGGCUGGGGCUGAACGAGGUUCUGGUCCGGCAGCCUGCAGAGAGCCCCUACCCCCUCGUCCAGAGGCUGGGGGCGAGGGGGGAGAUAGAGUCGCCCGGACCCCAGGACGGAUGCACUGUUUUGAGGCCGCUGCUCCACGCACCUGAGUCUGGGGGUCCCUCUGAUAUGCCCAGGGACUCGGGGAUCUACGACUCCUCUUCAGUGCCCUCCUCCUCGCUUUCCAUCCCUUUGAUGGAAGGGCUCUCCACUGACCAGGCAGACACCUCCUCAAUCACAGGGAGCGUCUCCUCCUCCUCGGGGCUGGGUGAUGAGGAGCCCCCUGUUCUGAGCUCCACAGUCCCCAGUGUGUGUAAAGCCGAGCUCCACCACAGCCACUUACAAAGUGAAGGACUGCAGUCCGUCGCACCUCUGUAGUGCCGCACCACCCUGGACUUGCAUUGCCACUUUACUGCCUGACCCGCCACCCUCUCAGAGCAGAGAGAAGACAGCCGUCCUGCUUCACACCCCCUACCAGAAGAGGCACUCCAGAAGCUGUGAAUCCAACAGCCACUCAUUCACUUCACUAAUGGAGCUUCACAAGCAGCUUGGAGAUACGGGAUAGCUCUCCUACAGGCUAGUCUAAGGUUUCAGGGGGUCUAGACUGCGUUGCUGGAGAAAAGGUGUUGAUCACAGACAGACAGGUCCUAGCUAAUACAACUUCUUGAAAACAAUGAAUGCACAGCGCCCCCUGUUUUAACAAUGUGCGUCACGUCCUAUGGCAGCUGCACGUACCGAAUUCAAGAGCUCUCCCUUUCUCUCUGUGACUCGUUCCUUUGCUCCCUCAUUGCUUGUCUCUAGUCCCCUUGUCACUGCUUAACCACCUUGUAUCAAAAGCCUAUGUCGUUGAAACUGAAAUGGAUCAUCUUAAACUUCACCAUUUUAUACUGAUCAAGGAUUGGAAGUGUGGUGUAUUACUAUAUACUUUAAUGCUAUUCAUUUCAUUUUCAUAUAAGUGGGUUCAUAUAGUAAACUGAUGCAUCCUUUAUUGCCACAUGUUGCUUUCAAGCACUAUACUGUUUGUUUUGCUGAUAGACAGUUUCUAUUUCAUUUAAUUUUUUUCUGUGACAUGCCCCGAGAGUUUGCUUACUGACUACUAUGAGAAGAUGCAGCUGUAGGGGGAGCCAGAAACAAACACUUUGGGUUAGAUUACGGAAAAUUUAAAUGUUUAAAGAAAAACAGUUUGUUGCCAGAGAAGUGCGAAUUUUUGAAUAGCGAGUAAACCCUUUGUCUCCUGGCCCCCCCACUUGCUGCAGUUAAGCAGCUGUUUUGGAUCCAGGUACAGUGUGAAUCUGUGUUGUGACUGCUGCAUCACAGAUAGGGAGUCUACAGCACAGUCACACCAGGGCUCAGAAGUACUCUGUAUACCGGCAGGGGCUCCACAAUGAAAAGGGUUCAACGCUUUGCUUAACGUGGUCUGGUGUUAAUGGCAAGUUUACUCCCUAAACAAAUGCAUCAAUACAUUAUACCCUCUUGAUUUACAUAAUAUAUCAUGUAUUAUCUGUAUUAGCCAGUGAUACACAUUCUUAAUCAUUAAUGAUUAGUGUUUCUGCACCUGUGGAUAUUGGUUAUGUUUAAUGAAGUCAUAUCACAAUGUUUUACCUGUGUGGUACAGCGCUGAAUUAUUUUGAUACAGAAAUGUCCAUAUUUGUCCCAGCUCAACUAAUUAUUGACAGUAUGAAUCAAGAUUCUGAAAUGAUGCUUCUUGCCUUAUUAGCUCCAAGCAACAUUAAUAAUAAUAAUAAUAAUAAUAAUAAUAAUAAUAAUAAUAAUAAUUACAGAAUUUAAUUCAGGAUAUGAAUUUGUUUCAAAUACAAGAUCUAGAAUGAACAGUUGCCCUUUCCUGGUACCUUCCCACGUCCUGUGCUGUAGGUCAGUUUUACUCCAGUGGUGUCUGCAUACCUGGAAGCAGGCUUUUUUUUUUGUUUGUUUAUUAUAUCUCAAAUUUAAGUAAAAUAAAAGCUAUCCCAUUAAAAGAUCAAGUUAUAAGGUAGUGCUAACAGGCAGGAGGAAAACCGAUUUGAAACCCUUGGGAAGCGAACAGUAAAGCAGGAUGUUCAGUGACAAUGCAGCGUUGGUGCAGGAUCGUGAAUCUCAGACACUGGCAAGCCAACUUUCUGAUCAUCACAGUAUAAGUAUUAGAACAGAGCCAACAUCACCACAAAACAUCUUACUAUUAUUUUGGCUCGUCGAUGUAGCGAUUUUGAUGGAGAGGGGUGAAAUUGCAUCUGCUGUAGAUGUGACCCCAGUGUGAAAUGAAGGAUCUAGACCCUGUUCCAAGGGGAAUGGCUGGGCGCUAAGAGUCCAAAGCGAGUGUAUGUUCGUACAGCCUAGUUUAAACAUUGCUGUUAACAGAAUGGGUUCUUUCAGAUCGGCACAAUCUAAUUGUGCGCUAUCGGGAUCACAGCCUGUGUUUCUGCGUGAAGUCGUCUUUUUUUGUUUUGGCUUUUAUUUUUAACCAUUUUUAUUAGUUUGACUGAUUUUAUAAAGUGUCAAUCUUUUUAAAGAGCUGUAUGCUGUAUCUAUCCUGGGCCAGGGCUAGGGCUGUAUGCUGUAUCUAUCCUGGACCAGGGCUAGGGCUCUAUGUUGUAUAUGUCCUGGGCCAGGGCUAGGGCUCUGUGCUGUAUCUAUCCUGGGCCAGGGCUAGGGAUGUAUGCUGUAUCUGUCCUGGGCCAGGGCUAGGGCUGUAUGCUGUAUCUAUCCUGGGCCAGGGCUAGGGCUGUAUGCUGUAUCUAUCCUGGGCCAGGGCUAGGGCUGUAUGCUGUAUCUAUCCUGGACCAGGACUAGGGCUGUAUGCUGUAUCUAUCCUGGGCCAGGGCUAGGGCUGUAUGUUGUAUCUGUCCUGGACCAGAGUUAGUUGAAAUGUGCUGAAUAGUUGUUGCAGAUUUUUUUUUUAAGUGCUUAUUUUAUUACAAUUUUUUUUGUCUGAUUUUAUUAUUUUAUUUAUUCUUUUUAGUACAACUCUUUCUUAUAGUAGAUGCGUAUUUAUAAUGUAAUUCCUACUGCAAAAUUAACACUGGGGGUGGAGUUGGGGGCAUGGUGAAUUAAUCAGAUUGCUUUUAAUGAGAUCAAUUAGAAAAAUCUUACCCAUUGCAUAUUGUUUAGAAAACUAAAGAUUUUAAACUUAAAUCAAGAAUACAGUCAUUCCUGAACACAAACCUUUAACUCCUGAUUUAUACAGCUAUCAUAGAGGUAAAGAAGGCAGAAUCACUCAAGAGCAUGUUUUUAUUAACUUCAGACUCUGUUUACUUCUGAUUUUAAAAAUGAUUUCAGUAACUGAGCUAAAGUUUAGUCAACUGGACCCAAUUCAUGGCAGUGCGACAAGAUCCUUCUAUAUCCUUGUAAGAUUGCACUGCAGUGAGGUGGAGGUUUACAGUGAGGGUAGAGGGCAGUGGAGAGCAACUCUCAUUGAUCCAUGAAAAUGUGCUGAAUUAAUCCAAGGCUUCACUUCUCCAUAACUCCCAUUAACAUACAGCGGCAGCACCAUGGGGUCUGUUCAGUAGCAGACAUGGGGUCUAGAAACACCAUGGGGUCGAGACAGUAGCAGGUCUAAAUAUCGCCACGAACAUAAUUGAAACGUGAGAGCCAAGGUUCUGAUAACCGACCCUCUGAUAGGGAGGGGGUUGCAUUUCUGUCUGUAUGGAAACAACCCUCUGAUAGGGUGGGAGUGCAUUUCUGUCUGUAUGGAUCUCAAUACUUUGUCGAUUCCUUUGCUUUCCUCUUCUGUGACACAUAUAAUAAACACCACCAGACACCUUGGAGAUAUGUGUGGGCACCCUUCUACCUUUACACAGGAAGUGAACGUGGAGAGGAACACUACAUUAAACUCAUAAUGUUGUGGCUGGACAAACAGGCUUCCUAACAAACAGCUUGUGAGCAGCGUGUUCUGCUACAGAGUGGUGACAUUGUUAUUCAAGCCUUGGUUAUAACACCUUGCAGUUGAUUAAUAGUGUUCUGUCACAGUUACAGGACAGUCUCCUCUUCCUGUUUCCUGCUCUUUGAUUAAGUGUCCUGUUACAGGACAGUCUCUGCUUCCCCUUUCUUGCUGUUUGAUUAAUAGUGUCCUGUCACAGUUACAGGACAGUCUCUGCUUCCCCUUUCCUGCUGUUUGAUUAAUAGUGUCCUGUUACAGGACAGUCUCUGCUUCCCCUUUCUUGCUGUUUGAUUAAUAGUGUCCUGUCACAGUUACAGGACAGUCUCUGCUUCCCCUUUCCUGCUGUUUGAUUAAUAGUGUCCUGUUACAGGACAGUCUCUGCUUCCCCUUUCCUGCUGUUUGAUUAAUAGUGUCCUGUCACAGUUACAGGACAGUCUCUGCUUCCCCUUUCUUGCUGUUUGAUUAAUAGUGUCCUGUCACAGGACAGUCUCUGCUUCCCCUUUCCUGCUGUUUGAUUAAUAGUGUCCUGUUACAGGACAGUCUCUGCUUCCCCUUUCCUGCUGUUUGAUUAAUAGUGUCCUGUUACAGGACAGUCUCUGCUUCCCCUUUCCUGCUGUUUGAUUAAUAGUGUCCUGUUACAGGACAGUCUCUGCUUCCCCUUUCUUGCUGUUUGAUUAAUAGUGUCCUGUUACAGGACAGUCUGUGCUUCCCUUUCCUGCUCUUUGAUUAAUAGUGUCCUGUUACAGUUAUAGGACAGUCUCUGCUUCCCCUUUCCUGCAAUUGAUUAAUAGUGUCCUGUCACAGUUACAGACAGUCUCCGCUUCCCCUUUUCUGUUCUUUGAUCUGGCCGCACACUGCAUUAUGUGAAAUCUGUAUCUCGCAUGACCUUGUUUGAUGUUUUAUAAUUGAAUUGCUAGCAAGAAAAGAAGCACCCUUUGUAUUUUUUCUUCCAUCAUCGGUACUUUUUGGUACUUUGCAAACCCUUUUUGGAUGUUAUUAUUCUUAUAGUUUAAAUAACUAGAGAUGACAUUUCUACAUUAUAUAAACACGUUGUACUGUUUUAUAGUACCUGAUGCAAUGAAUAAAUCCAGCUGUUAAAAUCGA